GAUGCCACAUGCGAGUGUGUCUCGGGGGAGGGUCGCGCACUCGCCCGCUGGGCAACAAAGCUGAUUAUUCAAUUAUAGCAGCGGCUUUGGCGCUCUUCAUCUGCGGCAACGGCUGCUGCCAUUCACAAUUUAGUGUCUCAUAAAUUAUGCUGUUGCUGCCACACGGUUAUCAUUGUGACCGCGCACACAACCCACACCCCCUCCCCGGGACCACCGGGACACGGCCACGGGCAUGGACACGAUGGGCACAUGACGGAAGAGCAUUGAAAGCAACACUACCGCAUGGAAACCAAAACGAAACCAAGCUGGCACAGACUUUGUGCUCGGGUUGCUGACAUUUCGGAAAUGUUUCAAGCUUCGGUUCAUUCCACACCCACUUACACACGACACAAUUUGUUUUAUUUGUUAAUUUUAUAUUUUACACGAUUGAUUCUGCGAUGGCAGUGGCCAGGCCAACGGUUAGACCAAUGAAGGCGGUUCGUGUUUGUUUCCUCCGGAAUGGGGAUCCACACUUCAGAGGCGUCACACUGUCCGUGUCCCGGUACCACUACAACGACUUCGACAUACUCUUGGGGCACGUCACCACAGUUCUGCACUCACAUGUGGUGCUCCCAUCCACAAUCGAAUGUAUUUGGCGCAUCGAUGGCACUCCGAUUAGCUUUCUGGACUCCUUUCUGGACGGGGACGUUGUCGUCUGCUGCUGCCGGUACGAAAGCUUCAGCCAAAUGGACUACUCCGUGAACAAACACUUCGGGCGGCUGCAGGCGGCGAUCCGUCGCUGGAAGGUCUGUAACGAAGCACUGCCCGAGGACCUUUCCGACUCCAUUUUGCUAGACGUGGACAAACGCCAAAGUUUGGUUAGCAAUGAGAGAACCGCCAUCUGCAUGGCUGAGCCCAAGUCGAAGCAAAUGGGCAGCUGCAUUGUCAAGGUGGUGAACGAGGCGUUCAUGCUGAGUCUCGAUGCCGAGUACAAAGAGAUGGACAUCAUGCGCAAGCUGCAGUCCCACCCGAAUGUCGUGGAUCUGCUCUUCACCGUGCACAGGCCGAAGGACUGCCACAUCUUCCUUGUGAUGCAGGCAGUGGCCUGUAGCGUGCAAGAUUUGAGGAAGCUCCACGGCAGCAUUCCCGAGCCCACAGCCAAGCGGAUCAUGCGGGAUGUCGUCUCUGGCCUGAUCCACAUACACGGAUGUCAUGGUUCUGGCAAGUUCUGGCUUAAGGACAGUGUCAGCAAGGAUGCCAAGGAACUGAUUGAUGAGCUGUUGAUGAAGAACCCAAACAAGCAUCCCUUUACGCCCAGGGAUGGCACAACAGAUUUUAAAGUAAAUAAUAAUAAA